AUGCCACCACGGCUACGACUCGUCCAAUUGGCGACAUCGCUACUCUCCCUAUCGAGCAGGACAAAUGCCGCGCCUCUAAUCGCCCCGUUCCUCCUGCCCGCACAGCAAAGAUGCGCCUCGAUCCUCUCCUCGCUCUCUGACAACGCCGGCGCCUACAACAAGAAAAUCCGGCGGGGUCGCGGUCCUGCGUCGGGAAAAGGCAAAACAGGUGGUCGUGGACAAAAGGGUCAGCAUGCCCACGGAAAGGUGCCUGCUGGGUUUGAGGGAGGUCAGACGCCGCAAUGGAUCACGAACCCAGAGCGAGGGCGCGGGAAACACAACCCCUUCAAGGUGGAAAUGUCGCCAAUCAACUUGGACAGGAUACAGGAAUGGAUCGAUCAGGGGCGGGUUGGAUCCUACGAAACCGAUUACCAUGAAGGAAUUGGCGAAAUCAAGGUGUUUGCACGGCGUGAAGAGACAUGGCGUCAACAUCCAGAGAAGCUAACAACACCCAUUCACAUCGUCGUCUCCCGUGCUUCGGCCGACGCCAUCGCACGAGUCGAAGCCCUCGGCGGCAGCGUGACGACACGUUUCUAUUCCCCCACCGCCAUCAAGCGCGUACUGCGUGGCGAAACUCACCCCGUCAUCUCCCUACAAGCCUCGCCGGACCUAGUCGCCCUCGCCGGCCGCAUACCAGCCGCCAAGAUCCCCUCCCCGAUCCUUACGGCCCUCCAAACGGCGGCCGAAGACAAGAAGAACGAGGUCAUGGCGCAAGUCAUGAAGCAAAUUGGCUCAAAGUAUAAAUACAGGCUGUCUGACGCUACGGCAAGAAAGGACAUUGAGUACUACCGCGACCCCGCCCACAGGGGCUAUCUCAACUAUUUGAUGAAAGAAGGCGAGAGCCCGAGUUUGUUCUUCAAGCCGCCGGGCGAGGCCAAGGACAGGAAGAAGCAGAGCGCAAGGAAGAAUGCGGCAAAGGCCAGUGCCGAGAACCGCCUCUUCUAG